AUGACAGUCUGGUUUUAUAUUUUCUUUAAUCUUUAUUCUUUAGGCAGCCUUGAUAGUAAUCCAAACGUGAGAAGACGUGGGAACCUUCGUAAAUCUACUUUGCCUCAACCUUGUGACACUCCGAAUCAGGGAUAUGGCUUAUCUAGCGAGGAAGAAGACAAUGAUUCAUCCUCUAAUGAUGAUUACAAACCCCGUAAAAGUGGUAAGAGAAGAGUUCAAAUACCUGAGUCAAGUGACAUUGGUUCCCAACAACUUACUGAAACUAAGGUUCCCAUAAGAAGACGUGGGAGACAAACAAAAAAGAGGGGUAACAAGAGAGCAAAAAAAGGAGUUAAGUCAUCUCAACCUUUGGGAAACGUUCAUCAAAUAUCUGCUUUAUCAAGCAAUGAUAAAGACAAAGCUCUUAGUUCUACUUCUCAUGACAUUAACAUUAAUGAAAAUGGCUCUGAAGAAAUAAAAGGGAAUAAGCCUUUGGUGGUCGAAUCGGGCGGAAGCGACAUACGCCAAACAAAGAUUGAGAAUCACGUUGAACGGUUGGAGGCUUAUCUUCAGGAUCACGAAAGAACCGACGAGGAGAUGGAUAUUAAAGUGUUGCUUAUCUCAAUGGAUGAGCAAACAGCACCAAAUUUGGAAAACUCUCAACUAACGUGCGGGCCUGACUUAACAUUGAAGUCAAUAUGUGAGGCCAUUGCUCCUUACAUUGGGGCCCAAGAUGAAGAAAUCGAGCUGUAUGUGGUGAAAGAGUUCGUUAAAGAUUUGAAAAAUAUGAGCAUAGACAAAGUGGAGAGUGUGAACAAGGAACAGAAUGUGGGUGGACUAAGAACGUAUAACUGCAACUAUGGAUAUGUGCUUCUUGGCUACAGAAAGAUUGCUUCAAGUGAGUAA